UGUGAGAGAGAGAGAACGUGUGUGUGAGAGAGAGUGCAUGUGUGUGAGAGAGAAAGAGAGGGGGGGAGUCUCUAAAGAAAGAGGCAUCGCUCCAUGUGACUGGUUGAUUGUACAGUCCAGUUAUGGAGGGGGACAAGAUUGCAGUGCACACUUGGAAGGAAUUAUAUCAGACUUUGAAGCUUUAAAAAGAUCUUUUGAAGUAGAGGAGGUAGACACCCCAAUGCAUCCAUCCCUUCAUUCCAGAAGAACAGCAAACCCUCUCCUGAAGUCAGCAGUGUCCAGCUCUGCACAGAGAUUCCAGGACCUGGGAACCAAACACCCCUCAGAGCUCUCAACCCAGCGAUCCCCCAAGACGAGCCUGAGGAGAGUGGAGCUGACAGGCCCCCAGCUCCCUGAAGCAGCUUCCCGGCGCACUGAGAUCUCCAUUGACAUCUCCUCCAAGCAAGUGGAGAACACCAGCCCAGGGGUAUUGAGAUUCGGGCUUAGGAAGCCAGAGGCCCCGUGUCACAAGCCCCCAGAGAUAAUACAGAAACGGGCAGAAAUAUUUAUUGGCAAGCCCCAGGAAUCCUCCCUGAAACGCACAGAGCCUCUCUUCUCCAGGAUCCCUGACCCACAUCCCAGGAAGACAGAGUUUACAGCAGCCCCACAAGCUGAGGUGCCUUCAAAACGUGUUGAGGUAGAGGUCACAAAACCUGCAGAGCUCCCUGCUCCAGCAAGGGCAGUGGCAAACAACCUCCCUGCUGCCAUCAGUGUGCAGCAGAGCCAGCCACAGUCUGCAGAUACAGAGAUCUUAAUCAAGAGUCGAGACGUGCCAGAGGUAAUUCCCUGCAACACAAGUACUGCCAUGGCAGAGCUUUCCAGAGACCUGGCCAGCAAGCCAGUCCCGUCGGUACGCGGCGAGAGGCCGCCCCCUGACUUCAACUACGUGGGCAUUGAUGCCAUCCUGGAACAGAUGAGAAGGAAGGCCAUGAAGCAGGGCUUCCAGCUAAACAUUAUGGUUGUGGGUCAGAGCGGACUGGGAAAGUCCACUCUGGUGAACACUCUCUUCAAAUCCAAGGUGAGCCGCAGAUCCAUGCAAGCCACAGCCGAGGAGAGGAUCCCCAAGACGAUUGAGAUCAAAUCCGUCAGCCACGAUAUUGAGGAGAAGGGAGUCCGGAUGAAGCUCACUGUAAUCGACACACCCGGAUUCGGAGAUCACAUCAACAAUGAGAACUGCUGGCAACCCAUUAUGAAGUUCAUCAAUGAUCAGUAUGAGAAUUACCUUCAGGAGGAGCUCAACAUUAACAGGAAGAGGUGGAUCCCUGACUCCAGAGUGCACUGCUGUAUAUACUUCAUUCCCCCCACCGGACACUGCCUUCGACCCCUCGAUGUGGAGUUUAUGAGGCGUCUCAGUAAAGUGGUCAACAUAGUGCCUGUGAUCGCAAAGGCAGACACGCUGACGCUAGAGGAGAGAGACUUCUUUAAACAAAAGAUCGGGGAGGAACUCAGAGCCCAUGGCAUUGACGUGUAUCCACAAAAAGAGUUCGACGAGGAUGCUGAGGACUGUAUCAUCAAUGAGAAGAUAAGAGAAAUGAUUCCAUUCGCUGUGGUCGGCAGUGACCAGGAAUACCAGGUGAAUGGGAGAAGAACCCUGGGGAGGAAAACAAAAUGGGGCACCAUUGAAGUUGAGAAUAUUGCACACUGUGAGUUUGCAUAUUUGCGAGACCUCCUGAUAAGAACACACAUGCAGAACAUAAAGGACGUCACCAACAGUAUCCACUAUGAGAUGUACCGUGUGAAGAGGCUGAACGAGAGCAACGCGUACUCCAAUGGAGUUUCUGAACAAGACGCUUCGACCAAUGAAAUGUAAAGCAGGCCUCGCAGGCCACACCCCUCCGUCCACCCGGAUUAACCAAAAAGAAAACCAACUGGAACAAAGUGCCAACGCUCUCCUCAAGUGACCAAAUGUGUGUAUUGAGUAAUAGUGUCUAUUCUGCUCCCGCUCACUCUGAAACCCGUCUGAAUCGCAUUGGGGACAAACUGCAGCAGCAUGACAAGAGUCUAGAGGCUGGGGCUCGGGGAAGACUGAGCUUUGCUUUGUUAUGUGUGUCCGUACCUGUCUGUCUGUGUGUGUGUGUCUGUCCUGUACCUCAAUUUUCUAAUUUAUUUGUAGUACUUGCUGUUACAGUAGUUUUUAGCAGCUUCAGUAUAACACAGCUUCUAAAACACGCAGCAAGCUUUCCUCAGUAAGGCUGUUGGGAUCCUUUGAGUUGAGGGGCGAAGAGAUCAUAGUAAAGGUUUUGGUGGAUUUAGUGAAUUGAGAGAUGGGGACUGCUUGCUUAACUGAACAGGCGACUUCAAAGUGAUUUUAUAGAAUUGCAAUGCAGACGAUUGGAAGUAAGAAACUGCAUGAUGCAAUGUGUGUAGCAUUUUGAGGAGGGUUGUGUAGCAGUGUUGACAGGGCUGUCUGUAUGUAAUGUGUUGCGCUAACAGGGCUGUCUGGUUGUGUGUAAUGUGUUACGCAGACAGGGCUCUCUGAUUGUGUGUAAUGUGUUGUGUUGAUAGGGCUCCCUGAUUGUGUGUCAUGUGUUGCGCUGACAGGCCUCUCUGAUUGUGUGUAAUGUGGGGGGGGGUCACAAUACGUUUAUACGCUUUCUGUGCCUUAUGUAAACCAAAUAAGAGCUAUGUUAUUUUUCCUCUAAAGUGAAACAUCUAUAAUUUGAUGUAAUAAAAGAUCAACUCUUUGUGCUGAAUGGAAAGGUACAGCCUCUGAAUAGAGCUCAUGGUUGGUGAGAUCUUCUCUUCUUCCAUGCGCACUCUUUAUGAUCUGUCAUCCUUCAUCACUUGUACUGACGAUGACUUGCUCUUAUUUAUUGUUCCUUUGAUUAGCACCUUUCUUUUUCUUUAGGGAGGGGGGGGGAGAGAUGGAGACAGAUCCAGUAUGUUUAACAUGGUCUUCAGUACAAAGGACACAUACUCUAUUGGAUCACAAGACAACAUCAUGAGAUUUGCACAGCCUGUUUUGUUGUGCCUUGCAUACUGAUUGUCAUGCUGCUUCCAUGUACAGUGUGCUUCAGUUCAAUAGCUAUAGAUGUGCAGCAAUCUCCAUUAUGUGGAUCAUGUAUUUGUCAGUGUGCAUUUCUGUCAUCUUGAACUGGUUUAAUAAACAUGAUGACGCUUCGGGUCCUUUCA